GCCUCGCUGUCACAGGACUACCGCCUCUCCAGGGAAGAAACAUUUUUUUGGGGGCUGGCUACGGUCUCUACGUUGCAGCGUCGGGACACUGACGAUUUAACAUCGGGCACAGCAUCAACACGGGCUCUUCUUGUAUGGUUAGAUGCCAGUCACUGCUAAACAGUAACCAUGGCCCUCCUGUCCUAAGCUAAGACUCCAGUGGAUGUUUUGAGGAAAAAGAAGAUGGAGGAUCUUUGCUCAGAGCACGUAGCUGACCUUCCUCAGAAUGGGGGAAGUAGUGGAGGAGGAAGAGGUGGUGGUGGAGAGGGGGUCAGAAAAGUAGAGAACACUGUCACCCAGCUGAUUACAAGUGAGGCCUCAAGCAUCAGUUCUCCUGGCCAGGCUAAUCAGAAACCAACCCUUUCACAUAUGGUAACUAUCCCAGCGUCCCCCACCAUGGUCAGUCCCAGCGCCGAGGCUCCAGAAGGGGUGGCUCUCAAGGUGGCUGCCACCGUGCUUCAGCCUCUCUGUCUGGGGGACAGUCCUGUGAUGCUGCCCAUCCACCCCCUCCAACAGAUGGCUGGAGGAACCGCUCCCCAGGGGAUCCCUCCGUACCUCCUGACCCACCAGGGGCCUCUCUCCCUGGGCUCCCUCUCCCAAGGCUCUGGCCUCUCCCUGCCUCUGGUCCUGGAGCAGCAUGUGUUCCAGCAUCUGAACACCAUGGGAGCGAUGCUCCAGCAGACUCCCCCCUGCCCCUCCCUGUCUUUCCUCCAGAACAAUCUGCUGUGUCACACCCAGCCUCAGACCUCUUCCAUGGCUUCAUUGGCCUUCUGCCAGCCUCCAGCCCUGGAUCAGAAACUACCUGGACCUCCAGCCCAGGACCCAGGUAUUUAUGCCAUCCUCCAGAACCCAGCAUUCGCUGCCCUCAUACAGGACCUGUUUUCUGCUCAGACCAACCCCAUCUCCUCUUCCUGUCACCCAGCGGGAUCAACCACAACUGACCCGUUUGCUUCAGCCUCGUUCCCCCCAUCCCAACCUCAACCUCCACCCCUCUCCUACCCCUACAGCUCCCCGCUAGCCCCCCUGGUACCCCCUGCCACCCUCCUGGUCCCCUACCCUGUCAUUGUUCCUCUCCCUGUGCCUCUACCCUUCCCUCUCCCUCUCCCUAUCCCCGUCCCACAGAGCCAGGAGUCAAAAGGAUUCUCUGACCCCUCUAAACCAGCCUGUAUGGUGACUAAAAGCACACAGACUAACUAUGAGGAGAUCGUCAGUCCUCCACCACACGGUAACAUGAUGACUCUUUACCCUCCAUCGUCCAUGGCCUCUCUGUCCUCUGUUGCCAUGGUCCCCGAGGGGGAGGUGCUAGACCUAUCAGUGAAAGCCCCUCCCAUAAUCCAACCAAAGCAGGAAAUGUCAUUUCAACAACACGAUGACACUAUCCUCGACCUGUCUGUAGCUAGUAAACAGAAGAGAAAAGAGCGUCCUUCAUCGCGGGACUGGCACACUUCUUCCGAGAGCACUACUACAGCUUGGCUCCCUUCACCCGAGGGCACUACAUCUGUUUCUCUGGAGGUCUUAAAGCCUACGGAGUGCACUCAGAAGCUCCACCACCACCCUAACCUGUUGAACGGCGUAACCCAUGUAGAAUUCAGUAGACGGCGUCAGUGGGCGGUGGUGGAUGGAGGCGGGAGCGGUAACAGACCCAGCAGCGAGCCCAAGAGCAGCAGCGGCAGCUCCAACUUUGAGAUCUUUCACACCUCUCAAACAGCCAAAGUCAUCGUGGCGGUCAAAGACGCGAUCCCCACCACCGCCAUCUUCUGUGGGAAGAUCAAGUCUCUCUCAGGGCUGUCCAGUAAGAGCCUGUCUAUUAAACAACACGACUCCUCCGGCCACACGGGGGCGCUGUUACAUCAGUGCUACGGUGCUCUGCCUCUACCCAGAGGACACCAUGUGGUGGAGCAGAAGGACCCUAACCUCCCCAGGAACAGACAGGCCAUCAAACUGAAGAAGGUCAGCUCACAGGAGAUCCACAUCCUCCCCAUCAAGAAGCAACGUCUGGCUGCCUUCUGCCCCAGGAAGUAGAGAGAAGUUAGCCUGGUCCCAGAUCUGUUAGUAGAGAGGAGUUAGCCUGGUCCCAGAUCUGUUAGUAGAGAGGAGAUCUGUUUGUACUGUCUUGCAGAUCUGGGACCAGGCCGGAGCGUGAAGUGUCAUUGUAGAAGUGGGAUCGAAUCCCGGAUCAGACAGACAGGGCUGUCUCUGUUACAUAAAGGAGAUGGUGAUGAGGUGAACUAUUCUUGACUAAGACCUGAAGACUUGCUUUAGCUCCCCGAGCUUAGCUAAUGCCUAGGCUUUAGCUCAACAGGCUAACCCAGUCUUGUGGGACAUAAGAGACCCGAGGUUCCAGUCGAUUACAUGCCUCUUUACUGCUAGCUCUUGUGCUUGACAGAAGUUACAACGCGUUCUUCUGAGACAUUGGGCCAAGUGCUGUGACUACGGCAGACGAUUGGGGAUAAUCUUCCUGGCAUGGACAAUAUCUCUUCCAUGUGUUGAGAGACAGGGGACGACUUUGUUGCUGUAGUGUUGUGACUGUAUUUGUAGUUGUCUGACAUUUUUACCUUACAAAACAUUCAUGUUUAAUUCAUCAAUAUAAACUGUUAAAGGAUGACUUUUUCCUUUUACAAAAUGCUGUCAAUUCACAGAUGAAAUGUGGCUGUCCAUCGUCUGCUACUUUCCAUGUGAAAAGGUACAUUUGUCGAUGCUUUGCUAGGCCUAUACAGUAUUUCAUAUCUGAUUGAGGAUCUGACACUUAGCCAGUCAUUUGAUGGUUCAUGUUUGUAUGUGAUUCAGUUGGAAAAAAAUGACCUGAGAAUAAAACAGUGUUCUUGUUGA